AUGACACCAGUGUACAAGACACAGUACAACUCCUAUGGAAAUCAAAGAAAAGGCUCCUGUGGACUCCUACUGGCUUUGGAUCAAGCAUUAAAUGAGGCACAAAAGGAAAAUAAUGUGAGAUCCCGUGCGGUUAAUGUCAAAUCCGGGUUCCCACGUGGCUUUCCGAGGGAGGAGAUGGAAACUUUCCUGAUCGCCUUCUGCUGGCGUUUCUUCGCCUUCACCCGCUUUCGCUCGGUCCGCGGCCAGCAGCAGCAUCUCGUGUGCCCCGGGACAGAUGGCAUUGCUGCUUACUCCGGAGAGAAACAAAAUAGUAGCCCUCUGCCCCCAAAUAGUCCCAGAGCUCUUUCCCACUCCCUGAACAACAACAGCAAAUCUGCCACGCUGAAGGGGAGGAAAAUGGGUAUUCAGCAGGCUGAUUCUCAGGGCCACUACUGGACCAUCGCCCCGGCCAGCGAGUUCAUGUUCGAGGAGGGCUCGUUCCGCCGCCGCCCGCGGGGUUUCCGCCGCAAGUGCCAGGCGCUGAAGCCCAUGUACCGCAUGAUGAACGGGCUGGGCUUCAGUGCCUCGCUGCUGCCGCAGGGCUUCGACUUCCAGGCGCCCUCGGCCCCGCUGGCCUGCCACGCCAAUGGCUACAACCUCGACAUGAUGCCCAACUCCAUGGCGGGCGCCUACGAGGGCCACCACGUACCGCACAUGUCCCCCAACCCGGGCUCGACCUACAUGGCCAGCUGCCCCGUGCCUGCCAACGGGGAGCACGGCCCGGACAGCAGCAGCAGCCCCGUGCCCUCCUCGCCCGCCAUGGCUAGUGCCAUCGAGUGCCAUUCCCCCUACGCCAGCCCGUCGGCUCACUGGACAGCCUCAGGGGCAUCGCCCUACAUAAAGCAGCAGGCCCUGCCGCCCAGCAACGCCGCCCCCUCGGGCAUCCACUCCAGCAUGUCCUCCUACUCCCUGGAGCAGAGCUACCUGCACCAGAACGCCCGGGAAGACCUCUCAGUGGGAUUGCCUCGCUACCAGCAUCACUCUUCCCCAGUGUGUGACCGGAAAGAUUUCGUUCUCAAUUUCAAUGGCAUUUCUUCUUUCCAUCCAUCCGCUAGUGGGUCCUAUUAUCACCACCAUCACCACCAAAGCGUCUGUCAAGACAUCAAGCCCUGCGUGAUGUGAAGGGAGCGGCAGUGAGCCCAGGCAGGCGGACAGACAGACGAUCGGGGGGCUGUGUAACAGGUUGGAGGUAUAGCGGGGCUCACGCAGGUCCAAUGUAAUGUGCACUCUGGUAGCAUUCAAUACAACACGAGUCACUUAGCACGAGUCAUUCCCCGAGGCAGAAGUGUCGGCAGUGUCCGCCCGGCCACUCCUUGAAGGACAGACCCACAUGAUAUAACAGCUCACAGCUUCCCCCCUCCGCCCCCGCCCCACCGAAAGAUUUUCUUUUGUGUCUGUGUUUGGGAAGGGCGGGGGACGGGUCUCUGGAUGGGAAGUCCGAGCAGGUUAAUCAUCCAAUGCAUUUCUGCGAUCUCCAUUCCCCUGGCGAAAUAAGCUUUGGAAAAAGGGGACAUAAGGCCAUUUCUCCUACUAAAAAAAUGUUUCAGGAGAGUGGGCAGAAAAAAAAAAAGCCUUCCUCAAUCCCAACACCUGCGGGAAACCACCUUUCUGUUGCUGUAGUGUUAAAAUUAACUUCUUUUUUCCGAAGCGGGGGAAAAGCAAAAUACUCUUGCGGACUCCAACACCGAUUGAUAGUAUUACAGCAAUGGUGUUUAGAAACUUCGUGUAUAGACUUUAAGAAAGUCCGUUGUCCCCUGCCCCUCCUCCCAUAUUGCGGCAACACGACGUUGUGUUUCGAUGUUUUUUACAAAGUUUUCUACCACAGUAUUUUUUAAAAUAAUAUUUUAAACAAAACUUGUGUAUACUCACACACUA